UCAUUACAGCCUGCUGACAACAAAUGAUCAUCAACUCUCAUACGAGUUAGUGUUUAUUUAAUGAAACGAGACAAUUAUGAGCAUGCCCGUAGCGUGUUCUCAUAAUCCGAGUGAGCUAUGGAAGAAUUACUAUGUGUUUACUGCACAUAAAUAAACAAUGACAUAAUUACAUAACGAUGCCAGGAAGAUGCGUUGAGGGCGGUUUUGAGAGACAGAGAAAGAGGGAAGCGGAAAAAUCCUUUUGCUUGCACUCAGCAGGUGUCCCUUUCGAUUAACUGACGCUUAGAAUGCAUCCUGUCAUAUUUACUUGACCAUCACACAGACAGAGAAAACAGACUCUCUCUUCCUCGUCUUCCCUCUCCUCUCGUGCUUUAUCUAACCACCACGUCUAAACCCUGCCAUCGAGUCUUGCUGUUCAACAAGUGGAAAAUCAAAUCAUAUUUCAAAAGACUGCACAAUAAAACACACUUAAAGGACCUGGCAUUGGGUUUCCCCAAAUACCCUUCUUUCUCUCUGAUUCUCUCUCGCUCUCCCACUGUUUCUUCAUUUGCAGAAAGCCUCCUCCCACUUGUCCUUUUUGAGUCAUACAAAGAAACCCACUAGAAGGGCAUUCUCUCUCUGUCUCUCUCAAUCCUACUUCCUUCCUCAACGCCCAAACACUUCUCUCCACUCACCUGCUGAGACAGCGAAUGCGCUCUCUCUUUCAUGCAAGAAAGACACACACACAUCUGAGCUCCCUGGUGGUUCUCAUUUCCCCUCUCAUCUCCGUGAGCACCUGACGUUGAGGGAGCUUGUUCCCUCUCACUUCCAGAGGUCAAUAUUCCGGCUUACGGCGAGAGCUCCGCACUGGCGGCCCAGCCGCUUUCCCGCUUCAGCCUGGGACGGAAGACCCUGCUGGGGGCCGGCACGGCCGUCAUGCUGCUCUUGGUGCUGGUGGUCCUCAUUCCUGUUCUGGUUCAUCUGGCGGGCAGCAGCGAAAACGGAGGUCAGUAUGAAAUGCUGGGCACUUGCCGAAUGGUCUGCGAUCCAUUCUUGGAAAAAACUGGCACUACGGCUGGUAUCAGUAUGGGCACAGCUAUCACUAAUACGCAGUUGGAAGCUGAAGCGCUGACUGAUCAUAGCAUGGGACCCCCAUUGCCCACCUAUGCCCACGGACCGCAGGGCAAACCCGGCCGCCAAGGAAAACCAGGGCUACCAGGACCUCCGGGUCCUCCAGGACCCCCAGGACCACCUGGAGAGCCAGGUCCUCAAGGACCAAUGGGGCCACCAGGAAAUAAAAACCACACAGAAAGACCAGACAUCUUUGCUCUGGGUGGAAGAACAGCUACCGGAAUGGGGACAGCUGUCUAUACCAUGGGACCCCGCGUGGCCUUUUACGCAGGUCUGCGAAACCCGCAGGAGGGCUACGAGGUUCUGAGGUUUGACGACAUAGUUACAAACAUUGGGAAUAACUACGAUGGAUCGACUGGGAAAUUUGUGUGCAAGGUUCCUGGGACGUACUUCUUCACGUACAAUGUCCUCAUGAGAGGAGGGGAUGGAACCAGCAUGUGGGCUGAUCUAAUGAAAAACGGACAGGUGAGAGCCAGUGCCAUCGCUCAGGAUCAGGAUCAGAGUUAUGACUACGCCUCAAACACCGUCAUCUUGCACCUCGACCCCGGAGACGAGAUUUUCAUCAAGCUGGACGGUGGGAAAGCGCACGGCGGGAACAGCAACAAGUACAGCACUUUCGCUGGCUUCAUUCUGUACAGUGACUAGAGGUCAAAAGGUCAUCGAAUUCAGUCUCUGUCUGUAGGUAAGAGAUGUUAGGGGGUCUUAACUGAUUUAGGUUGUAAAUCUGAUGUUUAUUAACACCCCUGACAUGUUUAGGUCAGGAACAAUUUAUAAUUUUUUUUGUCAUUUUUGUUUUACCUCUACGGUUUUCUUUGCUACAGGGUAUUUUCACCUGAAAUUCAACAGCUAUACACUCAUAACUGAGUCACAAAACGCAAGAUAAUUUGUUUAAAGAGUCAAAUGAUUCAUUAUGCAGCCUGAAGGGAAUGGACUUGUAUGUUUUGUUGUAAUCGACAUGUGGUUUUAAAGACCGGAUCCAAUGAGAACACAACAGGAAGUGGUUUUCGAUUUUUGAAUCUACCCAAAAAAACUUCAACAGACACACAUGAAAUCAACAAGAAUGAGAGAGCCGGGCUUCAGGAUUUCAUCAAAGUCGUAAUUGAUCAAAAGCCCAGUCAAGUGAGAGUUGAUAUUUCAUUAUGAUGUUGUCUUUGUAUGUAUGAUCAAUCUGUGAAUCUGCACUGCUGUUUAUCAAUGUCUCCGACAUAAUGUGAAGUGAAUGACCCUAAAUGAUACACUAAAAUCUUAAUGAGUGUAUGCACCUGGUUUUGACUGCUGUAAAUUACACCUUGUCCCUGAGAGUCUGUUGUAAAUCAUAGUAGUGCAUCUGUUUGUGAUUGCUGUGUGAAUGUGGAAGUACUCACACAAAUAAAGCUAAGCGUUCGUUUCAGCUUAUAGCUAAAGCUAAACCCAUUCAUUGUUGUUUCUACCAAUGAAUUAUGAAGUAUGUGGCUAAUAUUACCAUUAAAAAUAAAUCUUAUCCCGCUAAAAGUUACUACUUAACAGUGGAUGGAGAUCUAUAACAUAUUGUAACUGUAACAGUUAUGCUGGUUUAUGAUGAUGACGACCACUAUCUAAAAUUAUGUCCUGUAUAUAUCGCAAUAGCUAUGACCUGUAAAAUGUAUCUAAAUAUCUAAAUGUAACAGCUUAUAGAUUUUUGCUUUUGCUAAUAAAUGGGAUUUUUCUAACACUUUGGGUCACUCGGUUGAUUGCUAAGUGAUGCAUGGAGUGAUGCAUGCUGUGUUGUCUACAUAGACAGCUGCCUUCUUAGGGAGCAUCCUAACACAAAGGAAUAGGUCACCUAAAACUGAAA